UAAGUACUCGGUAAAGGCAGGUUCACAUCAUGGUUUACUUCGAGAGAUUACAGGCGCUUGUAAUCACAGGAAAGUCGCAGCUUAGCGUCUAAUUUGAAUGUUGCAAACAACCACAUCUACAAGCAUCUACAGUAUCCGAGUUUAUGACCUUUGACUUCGAUUCUGGCAAUUAAAAAAGCUCUUUCGGAAACAUAGCCCUUCUGUGGCGCUAUGUCGGACGAUGAGUUAUUCAUAGAACGGCUGCAGAUAUUGUAUGACAAGCAGCUCUCUGAUCUACAAACAUUUGCUUCACGAGAAUCUCGUCCAUAUGACGAGGUCAGACGGCUUUUUUCCGAAUGGCACUGUAAAUAUCUAUAUAACAAUACUUUAUCUGCCGAGGAUAGACGAUCCAAAAGUAACGAAGUUCUGCGUCGAAUUUCCACAACUCUAGAAGCUCUGGAAAAGACCGCUGGACUCCAAUCCUUCUUUCUCGUGGUAAAUCCGCAGGACCCUGACGACGAUGGCUUUCUAGGCGGUACCUUAUUAGGUCGAGAAUUCUGGCGCAAUCAUCGAGGAUGCGGUUCCGCGGGUGCCCAGGCAUUCAAGGCGCACUGUAGCAGAACUACAGAAGUUCAGGCUGGUCCAAGCCAAAUCGCACAGCAGACACCAUAUGCUCCGCCCCCUAUUCAAGGAGCCAGCGGUUCUGCACAAAGGAGCCCUGCGAACGUGGUGAAGGCUGACGUUUACAGUGCUGUACGAAAUGCAAUUAGAGCCAUAUCGGGACAACGCAAUGCUGAAAUGAAGUGGUCGAACCAUUCGAAGUUAAGCACUUAUGGGAUUCGAAUCGAAGGGUGGCCAGCACACAUUCCGCAUCAGAAUCCAUCCUCUCUUUCAGCCUCUCAGAACAGGCAGAUUUUAAAUGCCCUGACAAACGGUACUCUGCGCUUUGUUCGCCUUGCUACUCUUCAUACACCUGAACCCGGACCCGAAUCCGGCGCCAUGCUCCCUAUAACAGCCAAUUUGGAUGCCCCGGAUGACUUCUCAUGGGCCUAUAAUGUUACGCCCAGUACGGAUGCAGAGAUGAAGCAAUGCGGUACUAUAGAUCCAGCAUCGAUACAUGUCAAUCCCCCUCGCAACAACAUGGGUGACGACGUACAUUUGGCCCAAGUUGAGAAAAGACAUCUUCAUGACAAUAGUGCCCCGAAUGGAUGAGAACGGAGCAACCAGUCCGAUAACAGAGACGCGGGCAUGCACACAAGCACUGUUCCGAGACCCAUUCCCACCGCCCAAGCUUCAGGCACAAACACUAAUCACCAAGUCCUAUGGCAUACGAAAGUGUCUGACAGAGCCAUCACCAUGAAAAGCUGUUACGCCCGGCAUUUACAUGGCGAACCUGACGUCUGGGAUGUUUAGAGAAUUGACACUGGAAAGGAUGAUCAAGGUUCAAAGAAGAGGUUACAGGCAAAAGAUGCAGUCCUUUGUGGAACAGGUUAUCUGUAGGUACGAAGGACAUUCAUCACCUCGCGCUAAACUCGGUAGCCUUCAAGGUAUCUACUACACAUCAUAGACCUGCUACAGAUUGUGGUUAUAUGCACGGAUCACGCACGUUGGAGAAGCACUCAUUGGACCUUCCGACGGAUCCGAGCAAUUCCUUUGUGGGAACCUGGUUCGUAAAGUUCCCGUGAUGAGACUGCUGCAAGGUUCAACGACUCAACGUGCCGAAUGUCGCAUUCCUCGAGAGCUCGAGAAUACUGAUGCAUGACUCGUGGCGGACGCCAUUUCCUCCGAUGUUGAGAUUACGUGCCGAAGACAAUAACCAAAGCGUAUCGAACACCCGCAAGAAUUGAACAGUCGGCAGUCUUGCCCUCCGCUCGGCGAGGCCACGACAGCCUGUUGUAUGGCAUCCGUCUAUUGUCAAGGGCUAUACGAAUGAUCAUCCGAGGUAUUGCGCGAGCGCUGCGGCGAUAGGAAUAGUUGAGAAGGUAAAAUGAGCUCAUCGGACUGCGAAGUUCCAGAGCAAACCUGGCUUAAAGUGAGCCAUUGUCCGCAGUGUCUGUAUCACGAUUCCUCCUCGGAACGUUGAACCACUGACUCAACAACGUAUCGACUUUUCUUCCAAAUCUUUUCGUUCCCGGAAAGUACUGUUUCUCUGGGAAACAAGGAGCCUUCGAAGUGACCUCUGCGACGUCCCCAUACGUCAAGGUAGAUAUAUUCAACGAUUAGUGCGCAGCUAGAGCCCGCAGCUCAGUUGUACAAUGCACAUAAACCUAGACCGUCGAUGGAUGGAGAACUUGAUAGUUACAGUGAAAACCGCAGCAUGCACUAUUAAUCAACAUACCAGUUUUAUCACACGUUAUAAUUUUUGGCUGUUCC